AUGUCUGACGACGAUUUAGAUCUUGGCUCCAACACGCUUUUUGAGGAACCUGAAGAUUUCAGACCUCCUCCACCAGAACCACAUUUUGCAAACUACGAAAACAAAAUCAAUGGUACUACUAUUCCACUUCGUCUUGUAGGAUCAUCUCCACUUUGGGGGAACUACCUUUGGAAUGCUGGUAUCUACACUGCUGAUUACAUUAAUGCUCAUCCUGAGAUUGUUAGAGAUAAGAAGGUUUUAGAAUUGGGUGCUGCUGCUGGAUUACCCAGUAUAGUUAGUGCUUUGAAUAAUGCAAGCUAUGUCUUAUGUACAGAUUAUCCAGAAGCUGAUUUAAUCGCCAACAUUGACUACAAUUUUCAACACAACCCGGUAACAUCUUCUUAUAUGGUCAAGGGAUAUAUUUGGGGUAAUAGUUUGGGAGAAUUGCUUUAUAAUGAUUCACAGAAAGAUGAGAUCUCAGAGGAGGAUAAGUUUGACUUGAUUAUUCUUAGUGAUUUGGUGUUUAACCAUAGUGAACAUCACAAAUUGUUAAGCACAUGUCGUCGUGCUCUUAGAAAGAAUGGUAAAUGUAUAGUUGUGUUUUCACCUCAUAGACCAUGGCUUUUGGAGAACGAUUUACUGUUUUUCACUACUUGUGAAGAAUAUGAUUUCAAGGCAGAGCAAAUCGAAUUGGUGCAAUGGAAACCAAUGUUUGAAAAUGAUAAAGGGUCUGCUGAAAUUCGAUCUAGGGUGUAUUCAUAUUUCUUAAAACCUCAAUGGUAG